AAACUUCCCUAUUUCUUAAACACUUUAUUGUCUUUUGCCGCUGGCUUCAUUUUUACUUCCCUCCACAGAUUCCCCAUUUUCCCUCUCUAAUUUCCAAGCUUUCUUCCCCAAAUCUCCAAAAUUCAUUCGAACCCAUUGGAACUCAGAAACCCAAAAUUUAAUUAGAUGUUUGGCCGUCUGGAAGGCCACCAGAAGAAGACUCAAAGCUCUUGUUUGAUCUCGCUCCCUGUACUUUCCUUUACCCACAGAAAAAAGCCAUGGUCGGAAGUCAAUUUUGGCUUGUGCGACCCGACGAUGGAGAUCAAAGAAGGCAAAUCGGAGGGUUGUGAGGGUAGGAUCAGAUAUAGGUUUAGGGCAUCCUUUUACCCCUUAUAAAUAGGCAAAAAGUGUGGGGAGUGAAACCCCUUACUUUUGGCCUCUGCUGGUUUUGGCAUAGUUUAUAUCAUAUUAUACGAGUUUGUGUAAUGUAAGUGUGAAAAAAACUCUAAACUCUAGCAGUGGAAAUAGAAAUGUCUGGAGCAGCUCCUCCGAGAGGAAGUGCAGCAGCCACUGCAAGCAUGCGGCGGAGAAGAACAAGUGGUGGAGCCUUGGGAGGGCCAGCUGGAACCAUGCUUCAGUUCUACACAGAUGAUGCUCCAAGACUCAAGAUCUCUCCAAAUGUUGUCCUUGUGAUGAGCAUUGGUCAUAAGCAUGGGCUUGAUGUGAAAGUACAUCUGCCUAAAGUAGGCUCUGAAUAUGAACAUCAAAUGCGAGACCCAACCAUGCGUUCUAAGGCUUGUGUUCAAUCAGCACUACCUCAAAAGACAGAAAUGAGAGGUUGGAACUCAGUAAAACCAGAACAAUCUACCUUUAUUGGAAGGCCAUCCUUUAUUCCCCAAAAGGUGCUCUAUUAAUCUCUUAAGAUAACUUUGUAGCUUUCUGAAGUCCUCUAUUAUUAUUAUGAACACAGGUUCUCAGUAAACCCUUCUCAUCCUGAUUCCUGAAUAUGCAGUAUAUUGGCUCUUGUGAUAUUCCAAAGAGAAAGCUAUAGCCCCUUAAAAAGUAUGAAUAAUGUAGAAUUUUGUUUUGUUGUCAUUGUUACACUUAUUCAAAUGAUUAUUUAUUUUGUCAUAGCCCUUGGUUGAAUACAAUCAAAUGUGUUUU